UCGGAAUCCUCGCCAGCUGCGCAGACUCAGCAGCCCUCGCGUCGUCACGCCAGGGUUUUCCGUCGACUGCACGGAUUUGGUCGACUUAUUUAUUUAAUAAGUCGUUAUAUAAUACACGCCGAGUUAAGGCAGACACUCGCACAAGCUGAUCAUCCUCAUCCUACUAGCGCACCCAAUGCGGUUUAAAGCCACAUGACAGCUCUCUGACCAUCCUCCAUCCUCUCCCUGUUGUCUGUCUCCUCACAGCCUGUCCUCCUGACAGACUUGAAGUGACAACACUGACCUGGAUAACCGCUGAGCUUGUGUCCCACACUGAGGCAGACCUUUCCAAGCAGACAGACUUAUACAUACACCAGUGGACAGACAACAGUGUCAGCAGCCCAUUAGCAGCCUGUGGCUCGAGGAGCAGCAGCAGCAGCAGUAGCAGCGUCCAACACUGCAUCCACACCAUCCUCCCUCACCCAUCCUCCUCCUCCUUGUCACUUCUGACAUGGCAGACCCCAGCCUCACGUCGCCCUCUAGGAUCCCGCUGCGCUCCCCCAACACCUCUCUCACCCUCUCCUUCCCCUUCCUGAGGGAGGGCAGCCGGGUAUGGGAGGAAGGGAAAGAACAGCCUCUGCCUCGGGAUUUGCCAAGCCCGUUGCCAACCAAACGCACCCGCACCUACUCAGCUACGGUACGGGCUCACUCAGGUCCGGUGUUUAAGGGUGUGUGUAAGAACUUCUCCAGGUCACAAGGCCACGGCUUCCUCCGACCCUCCCACGGUGGUGAAGACAUCUUUGUUCACAUCUCUGACAUCGACGGGGAGUACGUCCCAGUAGAGGGGGACGAGGUCACGUACAAAGUGAGCCGGGUCCCGCCCAAGAACCUCAAGGUGCAGGCCGUGGAGGUGAAGAUCAUUCAUCUCAAUCCGGGGACGAAACACGAGACCUGGUCCGGCCAGAUCAUCAGCUCGUAGGCCUGAACUCCCGGCCUGGUGGGUGGGUCAUGCUGGGCAGGGCUGGGUGGGGGGAGGGUGGACCUGUUGUGGGACUGAUGACUUACAUUCUGAGCUCAUAAACAUGUUUCACCUACACAGCAAAGUGCCCAGAGUUAAUAAUUCAGGUGUCCACUCACAGAGCUGAUACGCUUUCUUCAAAACUGUCUACACUGGUGGAUUUGCUGUGUAUGUAAAACUGACCAUUUAUUCCCUGUUAGGAAGAAGACACAUUAGUUUAAUUUAUUAAUAUUUUUUCUCAUGACAGCAGUAAUAAAAGUCAGAUUUGAGAUGGGAAGGUAAAGUGACAGGUCAGUUGUAAAGUUGUAAAUCGGAAAGAGCUUGUGGGGCCACAUUCUUCACGGCGAUCAGUUGUGUAAAGUAUGAAACGCUGAGAAAACUGUAAACAUAACUGUGGUGCAGAUCUGCAAACUGAGGCAUGACAGCUGAGUGUAUGUGCAAGGAAGAAAGCGACGUAGGACAAAAGUCUGAAUUCAGUUUCUCAGGCUGUUAUGCACUUGUUUACUUCACCAGAGUUUUCAGGAUCACAUGUUGGAUGCAAGUGUGGGUCAGAUGACUUGUUUUCACAACCUACACAGUGCAGACAUUGGAAAGAUGAGAAGAAACUUAUGGACGUAAAAGCAAGUAGUUUAGGGAAUUUAAGUGAAGAGAUUGGAACGAUUGUAUAGUUGAGGGAGAGAAAGUAGAAAUGGCAGGUUGACCAUCCUUGACAGGAUUGCUUAUGAUCUUAUUUCAGGUCCCCAGUUUCAUGACCUUAGAGGACAAAAAAGUGGAAGAUUUAUUUUUAAAUGGAGAUAGGAAUGUGCUGGAGAGUAAGUUCAGAGUUAGGAAUUCAGUUUGUCUCAGAGAGGAAAAGCAUGAAGAGAGACCAGGACUUAAGCGGGCAGAUGACAUUAAACCAAGCAUGGAUAUUUCAAAAAAUAUAAAAAAUUACACAUUUUUCUGUUAAAAGGAAAGCGAUUGCAAGUAUAAUGCUGAAAAAUACAUAUUCUCAGUUGUAUUGUCUUGUUUGUGGUUAUUUAUUUGAAUUAUUUAUUUGAUGGUGUGUUCAGAUGUGUGUGUCCUCAGAUUGCAAGCUCUAUACUUUGGGUAAUACAGUCAAAAGUUCCACUCAAACAAUUUGAACUUCCACUAUGAAAACUGCCAGAACAUCGGCUCCAGAUAUCACUGUCAGGUUUUUCUCAAUGUGUUGUUCUGUUUAAACAUGUCUGUUUUGAAUGUGUCUGGAGCCACCAAUUUCUCAUGAACAAAACUAUUUGUAAAUCUGUUUUUUCAAAUCAUGUAUCCGUGUGUGAUUUAUUAAGCAUAGUCAGUGUGAUGGUGAACUACAUGACUUCACAGUUGGUGCCAAACGACAUCACAUAAACGUUUGUAGUUAUUCAGGUUUUGCUCAGUACUGUACUGGAUGUCAUUUUCUAUUAUAUCUGUUCCAGAGAGUCUCUAUGCAUCUUGUCUAUAUGUCAGUGUCACUGCCUGGACUUGUUCAGCAUUACAUUUUGUUUAUUUCUGUCAUAUCAAAGGGCACUUUCUUUUGUGGACGAGCCACUGUGGUGGUGAUCCCCAUGAUUUCUUCUACUGAGCCUUGAAAGAACAUUAAAGCAUUUUAUGAAUUACA